UUAUAGUAAUGUUUGAGCUAAUUUUAGUCAAAUAAUUUUUUCAAAGUAUUUUCAAAUGAAGCUCUGCGUCAUGUCUGUUUAUAAACAAAGUAAUCGAUCAAUAUAUCCAUCUGCCACGAAAACAUCAACCAAUUCACUGAAUAACAGUAUGAAUUGAGAACAAGAACGCGAAACAAACAUUCGAGGACGUUUUUUAAAUUAAAUAAAUAACAUCAAUGAAAAGAAACUAACUAUAAAUUCAACAAUUCUCAUUUUAUACAAAAUAAACAACAAGCAAUUAAAAAAUUUGAACAAAAAAAUAAAACAACAUAUCAGUCAUAAUUAGUUAAACAUGAACCAUGCAAACUGAUUUAACUCUUGGUAUGUGCGGCCUUCGAGCCAAACAGAACAAUCUUUCGUCACCAGAAGGAACUUCUCAACCGCUGAAUCAGUUAAGCAAUCAAAACAAUCAAGCAGAUAAGGAGAGUGAAGAAAAAGAGAAGGUGCCUAAAAAUGAGCAAACUUUAAAAAAUUUCAAAAAAGAUACUUUUGCGAACUGUUCAUCAAAGAAAGAUCAUAUCAAAAUAAAUACUGAAUCGGCCAAAACAAAUGUAAAUUCUAUUCAGCCAAACCAUACUACAAAAAGUGUAACAAAUUCACCGAACAAACGUAAUGAAAAUACGACAACCAAAAUUGGAAGAAUAAACUAUUCGGUUAUUGCAAAGCAACCUCCAUUUUUUAACAAGCAAUUACUGAAACCAGAAAAAAAAACAGUUGAUAAAAAGUCUCCAAUCAUUGAAGAAUGCACAUCUGUGAAAGACCAGUGUAAAGCAUCCGAACGUCAAAUCAAGCCAUCAAUAAAAACAUCAAAAAAUGAAAUUGACGAGAAAAGAAUUUCUUCCUCCCCCUCCUCAAAAAAUUCUUCCCCCUCCUCCUCAAACCACGUCAUUCAAAUUUUUAAUUCAACAAGCCAGGAAACUGAAGCAAAAGAUUCACCCAACUGCAACUCCAGUUGUCAAAUCAUGCCAUCUAAUGACACACCGAAAAUAAAAAUUUGCUCCAAACAUUGUAGUCGGAAAGAUUCAAGAGGCAGUUUGAAAAAUAAUUCAAGUGAAGAAUCGUUCCCAGUUAACAGAAUUAAACCAAAGAAAAAAGUAUCAAUAAAAAGUUCUGUUCAACCUAAAAAAAGUGAAUCAAUUACAUCAAUUUCCUCAGCUUCUAUAAUUGACUUGGUUUCUGGAUUGAAUGAACAAAGUCCUGAUGGCAUCAAACGUUACACAUAUUCUUCACCGAAAGUCAGAAAAUUGGAGCAGCUUAACAAAGCUAAAGAAAAAAUAAAUAGACUGUUGCUAAAAAAGUCUUACGAAUCAGAUGAAAUUAAAUACAAGAAGUGUUUCAGUCCCAACAUUAACAACUGCCAAAAGGAUAGCAACGAUGAAAAUCUGACUUUAAAUAGAUUGAAGGAAGGCAAAAUAUGCUGCGAUGAUAAUCUGAGUUUUGUUCCAGAAGCUCCUUCCAAAGCUCGUAAACAAAGGCCAAAACAUGAUCCAUAUAACUUUUAUCUUCAUUUUCAACGAAAAGAAAAACUAAAAAAAAAGAACAUAAACGAGGAAGAGAAUAUACCAGAUGUCGAAGAUCAAAGUUCCUCUGACGUCGAUGAAGAAAUGAACGAACCAAUGGUUGUUACCAAAAGACAUUCACGUCGCAAUGAAUCAGUAAAUAAUUCUUAUGAUUUCAACAAGAGAAAAUUUGCCUCAGAUGAUUCAAUUUAUUACGAUGUUGAUGAAGGAAAGAGUAGCAACAACAGUAGUCUUAGACCUCCAUCGAAAGGUUUGAAGAGGGUAUCGUAUGCGUCGUUUCGCGAACCUUCCCCACCAAGAAGGAGGAGAAAACGUAGUUUAUCUUCAACUGCCUCAAUUAAUCGAAUUAGAAAGUUAGAAAAUAGACAACUGAAAAGGAAAUUGAAUCGACUGAGAAGACUGAAAGCACGGCGAAGUAUAUCAAAAUUAACGCGGAUAUCACGACUGUCACGUCUAUCGCAAGUUCCGUCAUCGCUGAAAACAAUCAACUCUGAACUUAUUAGAAGAGCGAGGAGUAGAGAUCGGCGUAGAAAUAUGCAAGUUAGGAAAUUAAGUGCCAUGCUGACAAAUAUGAGAAACAAGCAAAGGCGCAAUUCUAACAGAAGAAUUUUUAGAGAAUUGGAACAAAUAAUGCAAAAAUUAGAUGAAAGGCAACAUGAAAGGUACAACGAACAUCUACGAAACAAAAUGAUGAAGAGUGAAAGUCAAACAGCCAGUGUAUUAUCUGAUAUAAAAAGCGUCUUAAAUAAAUUAUUGGUAAAAAGUUCUGAAAAAAAAUCGACAGCAAAGUCUUCUUCUUCAAGCGCUGAAUUAGGUAACAUUUUGAAACAUUUACUCGAUAGAAGCAUCAACGCUAAGCGAGAAGAAAGUCACAGUCGCACUCGCGAAGACGCAAAAGCAGCUAUGAAGAAACUAAUAACAAAAAUAACGCAUAAAGUCGUUUCGAGAAUGGAACAGAGGAAUAAAAAUUUGCCUGGUCCACAAAAAGAAAUUGACCCGAACAAGAUUUUGAAAGCCGCAAAAGCCGUCCAAAAGCAUUUAAAAUCCUUCAUGAUGCAGAGGAGAGGUCGCGUUGACGAUCUCUUUAGUGAUUACGGACGCGGACCUUCGAGAAAUAGCCUAGACGAACUUUUUUUGAACGCCUACAACCGAGGCUUGUACCAGAGAGGAUUGAACGAACAAUUGAGACCAAUCAUGCAGGUCCCGUACUCAAUGGCGGCUCCUCCUCCAGCGUCCGUUCACAUGCCUCCUGCUCCCGUUCACAUUCCGGUUAUUCCAUCGUACGCACAUCAUAGGCCAGUUCUCACGGAGGGUGAUCUUCUUUAUGCUAACCCAUCGAGAGAUUCAAGUAGAAAAAGUGGCUAUAGAGGCAUGAAUUACCCAAACUUUAGUUCUGUUCACUCCUUGCCUCACUGGCGCAGACCUUCCUUGUUUUCUCAGAAGUAUCUGAUUCCGAGACUGGCCCCCCCUCGACCUCUUCCUCUACUAAAAGCUUCCAGACAUCCAAUUCUCUCUGCUUCUUGUCUCAGAAAUUUGAGAUCACCACUUUUGAAACGUCGAAUUUAAAUAAUUUAAUUUUUGUAGACUUGUUAGCACUGUAGCUCUGUCUUUAACCUAUAGUUUAUGACUUAAAUAUUAUUUGUUUGCAGUUGUGUAAAGAUUUACCACUCUACCUUUAUACACAUUUGAUGAUCUUAGAAUGAACUCAUAUAGGUAAUACACGUAAGAUUUUGAAUGUACAUUAUCAUAUCUUAACUUUAAUGGAAACGUGAAAAUAAAAUUGUAAAGUUCA